GGACAACCGCGGGGUGGAGGACAGAGGAGGAGGAGGAGGACAGGAGGAGGAGGGUGCUGGUAAAGGGACGUUCACACUCAUUGUUACUACUCGAGGAGCCGCGGAGAGUCGGCACAAACAUUCAGAUCCCAUUCUGAAAAUCAUCAUCUCCGUCAGCGUACUCAUCCCCACGUUCGGCGGAGACAAGGGAAGGGUGUGAGCUGUCGGUCACAGCAGAGCAUCUUAAAGGGCCACAGCAUCUCUCAGGUGAUGGAGGCUUUGUGACAUAGUGCUGCGACUGACAGGUUUCCCAAAGGUGAUGGAUGCAGCAGGCUUUAACCAUGGCUGUGCUGGAUUACGCUGCCCGGCCCAGACUAUUUGUCAGUGAGCUGAAGAGGAGGAAGAGACUACCACACAGUCCUGGACGCUCCUUAAACCUUGUGAUUUUCCUUCCCCGGUGAAAGAGCUGGGUGCUUACAGGGCUCAACCCCUUCUCCUAACCAGCCAUCCCCGGGAUCUUUUUCUCUGCUGCUGUACGGACCAGUCAUGGAUCUCCUCUGGGCACUGUCGGUGUCCAUGCUGACGGCAUGCGUCGCAAUUCCAAUGGACGCGGAUGCAGGGAGCCACAGUCUGUUCACCUGUGAGCCCAUCACCCUGCGAAUGUGCCGGGGGCUACCCUACAACUCCACCUUCAUGCCCAACAUACUGAACCACUACGACCAGCAAACUGCCGCCCUGGCCAUGGAGCCUUUCCAUCCCAUGGUGAACCUGCAGUGCUCCCCUGAGCUCAGGAUGUUCCUGUGCGCCCUCUACGCCCCGGUGUGUACAGAAUACGGCCGGAUGACUCUGCCAUGCCGCCGCCUCUGUCUGCAGGCCAAGAGCGACUGCUACACACUAAUGGACAUGUUUGGUGUCAGCUGGCCUCAGGAGAUGGACUGCAACAGGUUCCCGGACUGUGACGAGCCCUACCCCCGUCCUGUAGACCUGCUGUCCAGCUCAGACACUACAGAGUCCCCCGUUUCCGUCCAGCGGGACUACGGCUUUUGGUGCCCAAGAGAGCUCAAAAUCGACCCUGAGCUGGGUUAUUCCUUCAUGGGGGUCCGCGACUGCUCCCCGCCCUGUCCCAACAUGUACUUCACCCGUGAAGAGCUGGCGUUUGCCCGCUACUUUAUUGGGGUGGUAUCCAUCGUCUGUCUGUCCGCCACCCUCUUCACCUUCCUCACUUUCCUCAUUGACGUGUCCCGCUUCCGCUACCCGGAGCGUCCAAUCAUAUUCUACGCUGUGUGCUACAUGAUGGUGUCCCUGGUGUUCUUCCUGGGCUUUCUGUUGGAGGACAGAGUUUCUUGUAACGCAGCAAGUCCUGGAAGGUUCAGGGCUUCAACUGUGACACAAGGUUCCCAUAACAAGGCCUGCACGCUCCUCUUCAUGGUGCUGUAUUUCUUCACACUGGCCGGCAGCGUCUGGUGGGUCAUUCUGACCAUCACCUGGUUCCUGGCUGCUGUCCCCAAGUGGGGCAGUGAGGCGAUAGAGAAGAAGGCCCUCCUGUUCCACGCCUGUGCCUGGGGCAUCCCCGGUGUCCUCACCGUCAGCCUCCUCGCCAUGAACAAGAUCGAGGGAGACAGCGUCAGCGGCGUUUGCUUUGUGGGGCUUUACAAUGUGACCGCCCUGCGAUGGUUCCUGCUGGCUCCACUGGGACUCGAUGUCGUGGUCGGUGUGGCGCUUCUGCUGGCAGGCAUUGCAGCACUAAACCGAGUCCGCAUGGAGAUUCCCCUGGAAAAGGAGAACCAGGAGAAACUAGUAAAGUUCAUGAUCCGCAUCGCUGUGUUCUCAGUGCUCUAUCUGGUCCCUCUGCUGACCGUCCUGGGCUGCUACCUUUACGAGAGCAGCUACAGAGCUAUCUGGGAGACCACCUGGGUCCAGGAGAAGUGUAGAGAUUACCACAUCCCCUGCCCCUACCAGGUGGAGCAUACCAGCCGGCCUGACCUGGUCUUGUUCCUGGUAAAGUACCUGAUGAUGUUGAUCGCUGGGAUCCCCUCUGUGUUCUGGGUGGGCAGCAAGAAGACGUGCUUCGAGUGGGCAAGUUUCUUCCACGGCAAGAGACGCAAAGAAGCAUUAACCCCCUCUCCCACCGCCUGCUCCACACACUCUUCCAUCCUCUACUAUCACUCCAACCACCCUACCACCUUCCCUCUCUCCCUCCCCUCCCUCCUGCGUCUCUCCCUGCCCUCUCUACCUCCACCCCACUCCUCCCUCUCCUGCUCCUCUGCUCCGUGCUCCUCCCCCCCCCGCUGCAGCAGGAUGGUCAACGAGAGCAGACAGGUGCUGCAGGAGCCCGACUUCGCCCAGCUGCUCCUCAGGGACCCCAACACGCCCAUCGUGAGGAAGUCACGGGGCACGUCAACCCAGGGAACCUCCACUCAUGCCUCAUCCACCCACCUGGCCAUGUUGGAUGAACCGCCCAGCGGCAGCACCAGCCGGGCCGGCUCAGUGCGCAGCACACGCUCCAAGAUGAGCAGUUACCAUGGCAGCCUGCACCGCUCUCGAGAUGGAAGGUACACAGCGUCCAGUUUCAGAGCCUUAGACGACCGGCUGCCCUAUGGUAGCAUGCCUCGCCUCAACGACCAAUCACAGUCCAGACACUGCAGCACCAAUCGCCUGGACAGCCUAUCACGGCACGGCUCCACCCAGCGACUGGAGACUCAAUCCCGGCACAGCAGCGUCAGAGACCUCAGCAGCACCACCCAAGCUGUUCUGGGUGGCCCGGGGAAUGGGAUUCACAGGGUGCUGGAGGAGGAUGGAGCUACAGCCUGAACAUGAAACUAACUGUUAUCUAACUUCUCCUUUCAAGGACACUUCUGAGGAUGUGACUGAAGAGAAGGAAUGUGAGAGGAUGGACAGAAUGCAGAGUAGCUAACACUGUGUGUGGUUUAUCCACUCCUGCUGAGUUUAGGAGCUAAAUGAAGCUCCUGUUUACUGAAGAUGAGAGAAGGGCUACAGCCAGACAAAUGAAGUCGCAACGUUUGGAUUGGUGCCUUAAAAUGUCGUCUCAGCUUUAUACGACCGACUAGCUGAUCCCAAAAACUCAAACUCAAACUGAAUUUGGUCCAGUUUACAAUCCUACGAUGGAUUUUGUUGAACUGACUGACCUGCGAAUAGACAGCACUGAAAUGAUGACACGGCUUCACUGUAUGACCUACGUUACCGAGGCCCAAAAAAUGUGACCAACACGGAGAGACUGCACUGCUGUUUACUUGUGCUGUAUUGUUUGUAUAAAGGACUGUGACCAGGAUGUGAAUGAUGGAUGUUGGACGUUACUAUCCCCUUUCUUCUCAGCACUGUGGAGAGUGGAAGCAGGGUCAUUUUUUUAUCUGCUACAUUUAAAAAUGUUUUGUACUUCUUCAACUUCUAACUCCUCCUUUGAUUUUCAAAAUGUUUAAAGUACUGGUAAUUUAAAAUGCCUAAAACCUGUAUUUAUAAAUACACACAAAGUAAAAGUCGAGAUGAAAGGUUAAAGAUUAGCUGGCGGUACUCUGUUCCUCUUCAAACACUGUAUAUGACUGAAUAAUACAAACAAAGCUUCUCCACUGCUUCAGUGUGCUCGUGUAUUAUAAGAGGAACAUGUUGGGAAUGUGCUCUGCCUGAAUGAAAGGCCUGAAAUACAGGAAGAACAGCUGAAUCCAAACUCCUGCCUUACGACUGUGUUCAGACGGGAAGCUUAGCGAUGAUUUCUGUCAGACAUGAGGGAAGAGUACUUUGACAAGAAAGACAAGGAGAACUUACAAAAGGGAACAAUACAUGGAGCUCUGAGUUCAGUCAGGCCGAUAUGAACACACACACACACACACACACACACACACACACACACACACAUACUCUCUGUAUGGGGGUAAGCCAACAUACAGCUCAUGCUAAAUGGAUUUGAGCUUGUUUAGUGCUUUUCUAGUCUUCUGACACUCAAACCCCAGGUCACACCUACACAUUCACAUUUAAACACUGAUGGCAGAGGUUUCUAUGUAGUGACCAUCAGAAGUAAAUAAUCCCAUUCAUACACAUUCAUACGCCGCUGACAAAGCAGCAGGAGCAACUUGGUGUUAAGACAUCAGCUGAAGGAGCUGGGGGAUCGAACCCCCAACCUUCCAGUUUAGACGACCGACUCUAUCAACUGAGCCACAGCCGGCCCCGUACACGUUCACAUACAGGUAGUAGAUUGGCUUGUUUUGGGGAAAUAAACAUUCCAGAGGUGAAACUCAGACGCAAGACGACGCUGUGCUUCUCUUUCUGUCUGAACACACAUGAAGUGUAGAUAGAUGAUAGCCACCUUAAACGAGUCCUAUCCGGAGUAGUGUGUCUGUUAAACAUGUGUCCUUAACUUGUAUAGCUUCUGUUAAAUGUUAGAGCAACAUUUCCUCUAGUGGACAGACACUUGUGUACAGAUGUAUAAAAAAACUGAAUUUCUGUUGAUUUGUAAUAAAGUUUUUUUUAAAGAAUGGACCACACACACACACACUUUGUAUUUGUAACAGCCCUCCGCUUUAUUGAAAUACAUCGGAGUCAGGUUAAUAUAAUGAGUUCUCCACAUAAGUGUGGCAGCCAGUUCCAUACAUUAUUUCAUGUUUUGACCUUACACCUUAAAUAUUUUUUUGUGCAAAAAAGAAUCUACAUCACCUGUAGUGGGUUAUCCUCAGUAAAACGCCCAAACCGUUCGAAAAGGAGCAAGUAAAACAACAAACCGAAAAAAAA